AUGUCGGAAGGUUGUGUUUCGCUAGCGAAAUCGGCUUUCCUCCCGGCGACUUCACUUCCCGAGGCUACGUCGGCUGUUAUUGAGGAUAAUGGGAAAUCGUUGGUAAAGCAAACCCUCAUCAAAUACUCUCCAAAUCAAGCCUAUUGUGUGCUUUCCUCUUUCGAUUCCUCUCUCGAAGACAAAGAGAUUCGCGUUGAAGAAGACAAAGAGAAUCCACUCAAUUUGCGACUCACCGAAAUCUCUAAAACGAAAAUCGAAAAGCAUCUCUUGCCGGUGUUUGUUCGUUUCCAUCAUCCAUUGAAACAACGAUCAGCCGAGAGUCAUAUCUCGGAUCGAUGCUUUGAGGCGGUGCUUGGUCGAACGAAUCUCGAGUUGAAAAAGAAUGUUACAAUGGACAGUUUUGAUCGUGUCUCCACAUGGAGAGAUGAGGCCGGUUUUGUCGUCUCCGAUCGACACCGAUACGAGUUGGCCACCUUUAACACAAAAGAUUUGCUUAGCGAGCUUAUGUCUGCCGAUACACCAGUCGUUCGUUACGAUUCCAGCAACUUGGAGGCGGUUUCCGAUUUCGAUCAUUCGGUCUGCGGAACAACGAGAACCUCACUCAUUGAGGCGCUUGCAAAAAACGCAGAAAUCUAUUUGAUCAAAACAACAAGUGAAGUGAACGGAAUGUUGGUGGGCAAAGGGGAUCGGGUUGUCGCCCUUUAUGCGGAAACGAUUGAACUUGCGCAUGCUCUCAUUCAACAUUAUAUCAAUUUGCAUAAAUUGGCUAAGCUUUCCUUCUUCACUCGUUUGGGUAUCUGGCAAUCGACGCCUGAGUCCUCUCGUCCCGUUUAUCGUUUCCACACACGAACCAUCCCAUCGCAACUUAAAUGGAACAAAGUCUACGCGGCAAAUCUCGGUGUUCAUCUACUC